AUGACUGGUCGCAAUGUAAAUAUUUAUUUUCAAGAGGAAACUUAUAGCAAAAUUAAGUCUUUAAUCAAACAAAGAAAAGUCAGCGAGUUCGUUAAUCAAGCAGUAGAAAAAGAGUUAGAAAAACGACAAAAGAAAGAAAAAGCAGAGUUAAAAGAAAAAUUAAUUUCUGCUUAUAAAAGAAUGGCUAAAAAUAAAAAAUUACAAAAGGAAUUAGCAAUUUUAGAGGAGGUAACAACAAAAGUUGUAGUUCCAAUUACUACCGAGGAUAUUAAUAGUAUUGAACCCUUUGAAGUUUUUAUUGACAAUACUCCUAAAACAGGUUUAGAAUUUCCCAGUAAAAUCCAGUUUAAUUAUCCUUUUACUGUUGAUAAGGAGCGUUUAAAAGAACACUUAGGAAUAGCCAAUCAAGAAAUAAUGGAACAAGCCAAAAUUUCUUGGAAAAUUGCUUUUGAUACUGAAGAAUGA